ACAAGAACCGAAACAAAGUCGGAGUCGCUAUUCGCGCCACUUUCGUUAACAUAAUUUAUUUAUAAGUUUUUCCACACUUUCUUCCUAAUUCACCAUAUUCUUUGGGAAUUUGUUCUACCAAUUGGUUCUCACAGACUAAUUUUGCCUACAAAACAUUCAGAAGUUAGCAAAGCUGAGAAAAAUGUUUGACACAAACGGACAUUUGGCAGUCUUGAUAAAAGAGGAAGAUGAAGAGGAGAAAAUAGGACUCGAAGAAAAUAUGGAAUUGGUUCUGAUAGAAAAGAAAGAUCCAGAUAUGGUCGAUGCAGAGCCUAAGAUUGAGCCUCCAGAUGAUGAUUGGGAAUACGUCGGAGAACAAACUGUUAGUUUAAGAAUGUAUAAGAAGAAAGCUACAAAAUUACAACAGGGAAGCAUUCUUGAUGACAAUCUCCAUACAGUUAUUUAUCAGGAUAUCAGAAACUCUCCUGUUAGUCUGAAAGAUGAGAUUGAUCAGAGUUUUCCCAGUUAUUUAUGCGAUCUUUGUAACCACAGAUCUAGUAAUGAGGAGAGUCUCAGGUAUCAUAAGGAAACAAGGCAUCAAGAAGGAAAAGAACCACGACACCAAGAAGGAAAAGAACCGAGACACCAAGAAGGAGAAAAAACUAAGCACCAAGAAGGAGAAAAAACAAGGCACCAAGAAGGAAAAUAUCAAUGUAAUCAAUGCAACUAUUUAGCUAAUAACGCCAGAUCAUUAAAUCGGCACAAGGCUAAUGCACAUUUAAAGAGUCGAUUUAAAUGUGAUGAGUGUGAUUUAGUUUUUAAAACGGAACUUGGAUUGAAACAACACAAACAAAAGCGGCAUCAAGUUAAUUGCCAUUCCGGGAGUAAAUUAAAAUAUCAUUGCGACCAGUGCGAAUUUUCUGCAACCUUUCCAUACCAAAUAAAAGAGCACAUCGAAAAAAUUCAUGAAAAAAUAGAAUAUUCCUGUGAUCAGUGUAGUUAUGUUGGAACAUUGAAAGCAUCUUUGAGGAGGCAUAUGAAGGGAGUUCAUGCUGAGAUUAAAAUUCAGCAACCACGUACAGAAUAUCCCUGUAAUCGUUGUAACAAAGUAUAUUUAAGUUCUAAAACUAUAAAAGAGCACAUUGAAAGUAUCCAUGAGGGGAAGAGUCUUCCCUGUGACAAGUGUAGUUAUCAAGGUCCAAAUAAUCAAUCCUUGAAGAGACACAAACGAAGGAAACAUGAUAAUAUUAGCUUUCCAUGCACUCAAUGUGAACACAAGUCAAAGCAUCCGUCAGCUUUGAAGCGUCACGUACAAAUCAAACACGAGGGACUGAAGCAUCUGUGUGAGUUGUGUGGAUUCGAGUCAACAUCUGUCACGAGUUUUAAUAAUCACAAGCAGAGUGUUCAUGAAGGGAUUCGGUAUCAAUGUGAUAAAUGCCCCAUGUCCUUCAAUACUUCCAGUGCAUUAUCCUGGCAUACGGCAAGACACCAUAAUGAGCAAAAAUUUCCUUGUGAUUUAUGUGAUUAUGUUGGAGCAGUUCCUUCAGCAGUAAAGAUGCACAUGAUAAGAGUGCAUGAAGGAAAGAGGUAUUUCUGUGAUAUUUGUGACAAAUCUUACAAAAAUUUGUUUGAUGUUAGAGUUCAUAAAAAGGGAGUUCACGAAGGUGUACGAUACUCAUGUGAUCAGUGUGAUUUUACAGCGUCGGUUCCGUAUAAUCUGCGACGACACAAACAAAAGGAGCAUGAUAAAAAGCAGUUUCCUUGUGAUCAAUGCUCUUAUAUAGGAGCUCUUAGAGAUAGUUUAGGAAAGCACAUAAAGCGUUGUCACCAACCAAAGUAAAUUCAUUAGAGAAAUAACUUAAAAUGUGAGUAUUUUGUAUUUUAUGUAAAAUCAAAAGUUGUUCUUCAGCAUGCCUUCAUUGAGGCAGUGCAAGCAUUCGUAUUGCAAUUAACGGGGACAGAAGGCCUAAAUUUAAGUGACACUUUACUUUUUUUAAAGUGGUAUGCCAGAUUCACAAUUGUACCAUUAAAAUGUUUAUCCGAGGACCAAUUGGGAAGAUUUCCUACAUAAAAAGCGCUGAAUUCUAUUAAUUACGUUCUUUGUCUUAGGUGCAUAAAAUCAGCAAUUCACUUAUAUAGUGAGAUCACAAUUAGAAUUAGAAAUCGGCAAUGCACAUAUUUUUGUUAAUUUAGAGUCACUCUAAAUUUUGUCGACAGUCCCUUUAAAGCUCAAACGUAUGUUACAAUAUUAGUGUUGCAUAAUUAUACUGUACAAAACAUUCACAAUGUAUUGUACAAUGUACAUAUAUUGUAUACACAACUGUUUUUAAUAGUGUAUUUAUAAUAUGUAUAACAAUACUAUAUUGAAUGUUAAUGAACAUUAGUCAAUUAUUUUUUAACUGCCAAUUAAACUUGAGAAUGUUUUCAAUGACAUUUUAUUAAAAAAAAUAUUCAACAAACCAUUGAAAGGAUUGAAAACAUAAUUUUUUUACCUGAAAAAAAUAAGGGUAAAAAUUAGUGAAAAGAGACGAAAAACUAGAUUUUUAAGUUAUCACAUAUUUCAGUUUAAUAAGAUAGAUGUUUUGCCUGUUUUCGUUCCCUUAAUCGCUAUUUAGUAAUUGAGAAGCUGUAUUUGCAUCAAAACAAAACAAAAAACUGGAGAUGUAGUAUGUUGAAAUUUGAGUUUAACUUUAUAUAAAUGUACUGCUGAUAAUUUUUUAAUCACGAAUAGUAAAUACUUGUUUUUAAUAUAGGGAAAGUAAAUUAUGUCAGGUUUAGUAGUAGAUGUUUGUACUUAUCCUCAAGCUUGCAGGGGAGUAUUUUCAAAUUAUAUUUUUGAGAAAACUGAAGGUUUGAUCAAAAAAGCUCAAGCAUAACAAUUUUGAGUUUUCUCAAAACUAAAAUUUGAAAAAAUCAGCUUUUCCGAAACCUUGCCAUAUUUUGUAUAUAAUUUAAAUUUGUCUCCAUGUUACUUUGCUGUACGAUGGUUCAUUAGAAUCAUUAAUCUAAUAAAGAAGGGAGAAGAAAA